AUGGUCAGCUCGUGUUGUGGCUCCGUCUGCUCUGACCAGGGCUGUGGCCAAGACCUCUGCCAGGAGACCUGCUGCAGCCCCAGCUGCUGCCAGCCCACCUGCUGCAGGACCACCUGCUGCCGCCCCAGCUGCUGCGUGUCCACCUGCUGCAGGCCCCAAUGCUGCCAGUCCUCGUGCUGCCAGCCCACCUGCUCUCAGCCCCACUGCUGCAUCUCUAGCUGCUGCAGGCCCCAAUGCUGCCAGUCUGUGUGCUGCCAGCCCACCUGCUCUCAGCCCCGCUGCUGCAUCUCCAGCUGCUGCAGGCCCCAAUGCUGCCAGUCUGUGUGCUGCCAGCCCACCUGCUCUCAGCCCCGCUGCUGCAUCUCCAGCUGCUGCAGGCCCCGAUGCUGCCAGUCUGUGUGCUGCCAGCCCUCCUGCUCUCAGCGCCGCUGCUGCAUCUCCAGCUGCUGCAGGCCCCGAUGCUGCCAGUCUGUGUGCUGCCAGCCCACCUGCUCUCAGCCCCGCUGCUGCAUCUCUAGCUGCUGCAGGCCCCCGUGCUGCCAGUCCUCCUGCUGCCACCCCUGCUGCUGCCUGCGCCCCGUCUGUGGCCGGGUCUCCUGCCACACCACUUGCUACCGCCCCACCUGUGUCAUCUCCACCUGCCCCCGCCCCACGUGCUGUGCCUCCUCCUGCUGCUGA